AUGCCCGCGAAUGAGCCCACACCUACGACUGCUCCUGCAACUGAACAACAACAGCAACCGCAGCAGCGCGGUGGAUACCAGUCCGGUUUCGGCGGUGCGGCUGGCGGCAUGGGUGGAGGGCCUCGUGGACCUCGUCCCAACCCCCGGCGUCAGGAAGGACGUGAGGAGUGGACUCCCGUGACCAAUCUUGGCCGCCUGGUGAAGUCUGGCUCCAUCAGCACUUUGGAUGAUAUCUUCCUCUAUUCCUUCGCCAUCAAGGAGGCGCAGAUCGUGGACUACUUUUACGCGCGGUCGGGUCCGGGUGCCGUGGAAGAUAAGUCGGGCAAGCCUGUGUUGCACGACGAAGUGAUGGGCAUCAAGCCGGUCCAGAAGCAGUCUGCUUCCGGUCAGAGGACGCGUUUCAAGGCGUUUGUGAUUGUGGGUGACAACAACGGGCACAUCGGCUACGGCACCAAGUGCGCGAAGGAGGUGGCCACCGCCAUCCGCGGUGCUAUCAUCUGCGCGAAGCUCGCCAUCGUGCCCGUGCGUCGUGGAUACUGGGGUAGCAACAUCGGCGCACCCCACACCGUGCCUCUUAAGGUCAGCGGUAAGUGCGCCUCUGUCCUUGGCCGGCUCAUUCCUGCCCCCCGUGGAACCGGCAUCGUGGGAUCCCCCAUUGCCAAGAAGGUGCUCCACUUCGCUGGCGUUGCCGACUGUUUCACCUGCUCCAGCGGCCACACCCGUACCUCGGGCAACUUCGUCUGCGCUUACUACCGCGCCCUCAGCAAGACCUACGGCGUCCUCACCCCGAACCUCUGGGCCAUCUCCGGGAACACCGCCAAGUCGCCCCUCGACGUCUACGCCAAGGCCCUCGACAAGGCCAACAAGACCGUCGCCGUCGCGGCCGAGGAACCCGCCGAAGAGUAA